CCUGGCGCGGUGCGAGCGGGGCGGGCCCGGCAGCGCUCCCGGUGUUCCGUGAACAGCCCCUGGCCCGGGCCGAGCGCGGACACGGGAACGGAUUCCUGCGGACAGCGGCAAGUUGACGCACCGGCCUAAGAAUAGCUCGGGCAGGCGGACAGCGCUGUCCCCGGAGGUGGCUCGGCCUGGGCUCGGCAGGAAAAGCGGCGAUUCCAUAAAAAAAUCGCCGGGAAUUGGCGGGGCCGUGCGCAGGGUGGUGCCCCGGCGUUACCGUGUUUGCUCUCUGGUUACGUUUCAGCUGCUGAUGAAAUCGCGGCCGCGAGCGGAGGAGUCUUUGGACCUUCCCAUGGUCGGGACCUUUGACUCAUAAAAGGCUCCUUCAAAAAAAAAACAAAAAAAAAUAAAAGCGUCGGGAGCAGAAGAAGGGAAAGGAAAAGGAGAAGGGGAAGGAGGAGCUGCUGGAGGGAGCGGAGCCCGGCCCGGAGCGCGGGGAGUUGCGGGGGCACAGAGGAAGGCGCUGGAUGUGGAGUUUUGGGACAAAAUGCUCUCUCUGAAGAAAUACUUCACCGAAGGCCUGAUCCAAUUCACCAUCCUGCUGAGCCUGAUCGGCGUUCGCGUGGACGUGGACACCUACCUGACCUCACAACUCCCCCCUUUACGCGAGAUCAUCCUGGGCCAAAGCUCGGCUUACACCCAGACCCAAUUCCACAACCUCCGCAACACCUUGGACGGUUAUGGCAUCCACCCCAAAAGCGUCGAUUUGGAUUAUUAUUUCACMGCCCGCCGUUUGCUGAGCAGGGUGAGGGCUCUGGAUAGAUUCCAGGUGCCCAGCACGGAGCUGAGUGCGUGGUUGGUGCACAGAGAUCCCGAGGGAUCCGUGGCCGGGGGGCAGCAGGAUGGAGGCGGCGGCGACGCAGGAGUGCGGGACGGAGGAASCGAGCAGGGAUUCGGGGAGGAGCUGGAGGAUUUGGGAGCUGUGGCGGCGCCGGGRAACGGGGAUUURACUAAAGAGGUAGGAAUGAGGGGUUUUAUUGUGAUUUUGGGGCUCUCAGAGAGGAGAAUUUUGGGUGUUGAGUGAGUUUGAUGUGUCGCA